GAAAAAAGUUGCAGAUCGGAUUUGAUUCUUUUUCUUCUCUUCCUCCUCUCUCGUCCUACGGCUUGUUUUCCUUUCUUUUCUACUUCCUCUCUCUUGCUCUGGUCGAUUUGUCUAGAUUCAAGGUUACUUCCGUACUCCAUCUCCAGUAUCUAGACGACCAUUCUUUUCGCGCUCUCUAGCUGCCUUGGUUCUGGAUAGACCUGCUUUCAUUUUAUCUCUUUGUUGUCUUGUCCCGUUUGAUAUAACUACAGUCUGCUCAAAAUGUCUGCUGUUCAACCUGUCGCUGUCUAUGCUCUCCGGGUGCCUGCUGGUGGUGUCUUGAUCCCCGCUGUCCCCAAUGCUGCUGCUAUGUUCCGCAUCAGCAUGGCUGCCAUUGACCCUGAUGAGGAGCCAGAGUUUGGCGAGGAUGCUACCCAGCGCCCCAGAGCUACUCUCAAGAUCGUCCGGCCUCCCCCUGGUCUGGAUAUGGAUGAGGAUUCCGACGACGAUUAUGAAGAUGAUGACGAGGAAGACGACUCUGAGGAUGACGAGGAGGUUAACGGUGGCCCCAGCGACAAGGAAAAGGCCCGCAAGCUCAAGGCCCUGGCUGCUCUGAAGGAAAUGGAAGAUGCGAUGGAGGAUGACGAUUCCGACGACGGUGAAGAGUUCGACCUCAAGGCGGCCAUCUCCAAGCUUGUCAAGGGCAAGGCCCCCGCUUUCGAUGAUGAUGAGGAGGACGAUGAAGCCGAGUCCGAUGAGGAACCUGAGCUUGAUGAGAUGGUCAUCUGUACCCUCGACCCUGAGAGGAACUGCCAGCAGCCUCUGGACAUCACAGUCUCCGAGAACGAGCGUGUUUUCUUCAUGGCCACCGGUACUCACACUAUUUACUUGACUGGAAACUAUGUUAUGCCGCUUGACGAUGGUCAUCACCACCACGACGAUGAGGAAGACGAGGAUGAAUACGAUCUCUCGCCCGAUGAGGAUGAGCUGGACCUUGACGAGCUCAUGGGCGAGGAUGAUGAGAGCGAUGACCUUGAUGACCUUGAAAACCCAAGGAUCACCGAGGUUGACAGCGAGGAAGAGGCCCCCAAGCUUGUCGAUACCAAGCAAAAGAAGAAGCGUGCUGCCGAGGCUGAUGAGUCCCUGGAGGACUUGAUUGCGAAUGAUAGCAAGGCCAAGGCUGUCGCCAGCGGUGAGAGCAAGAAGCAGCAGAAGAAGCUCAAGAAGAACAACGGCGAGGCUGCUCCUGUGGAGUCUAAGUCUGAGGCCAAGGAGGCCAAGGAGGCCAAGAAGGUUCAAUUCGCGAAGAACCUCGAGCAAGGCCCCACUCCCUCUAAGGAGAAGAAGCCUGCUGAGAAGGCUGAGAAGACUGACAAGGCCACUGGCACUCUCGGUGUCAAAGAGGUGAAGGGAGUGACUAUUGAUGACAAAAAGCUGGGCAAGGGCCCUGCUGCUACCGCUGGCAACACCGUUGCUAUGCGAUACAUCGGCAAGCUCGAAAAUGGAAAGGUGUUUGACUCCAACAAGAAGGGCAAGCCUUUCACCUUUAAGCUGGGCAAAGGUGAAGUUAUUAAGGGCUGGGAUAUCGGUGUUGCUGGCAUGGCUGUUGGUAGCGAGCGCCGCAUCACAAUUCCUCCUCACCUUGCAUACGGCAAGAAGGCCCUCCCUGGCAUUCCUGCUAACUCCAAGCUGAUCUUCGACGUCAAGCUAAACACCAGCGUCCCUGGUCCAUCUACGACCCGCGCCAUUGUGAGCAGUAUGAAGGUGCUAGGGGAGGAUAAAAAGAGCGGGAGAAAGCCUGAAUACUCGAGUUCGCUGAACGAUAGUAGUUUUCAGCCAUCUGUGAAUGUCUCCGCUGGGUCGGAAGGCUCUGUGUCGGCAAUUUCGAGAGAGCAAGGUAUCCGGAGUUAUACUCAAGCCUCUAAGGCGGCCAACCCACCUAGCCAUGCUGGCAUCCCGUAUCCGGACGUCCUACACCCCCCUGUCGCUGAGCAGUCCAGUGCGGUUCGUGGCAGUCUUGAACCAAUUUGUUUGGAUCAGCUAGAGACCAUCCCCAGAAACCGCGAACAGAAACAACUGGGGCCACAAACAACGGAUGAAGGGGUUGCAUCUCUGGGCUCAGUGGAUUUCAGACGAAGCCAAUCAACACCAGUCGAACUUGCCAGGCUUGUCUCGCUCAAACUAUCGACAACUUUCGGUAGUGCAACCGUCAUUCGUCGCUCGCAUCUCAACUUACGCCCAAACAUUUGUACUGCUCACCCGCAGCCAUCAAAUGCGUUGCCCGUCGUCGACUUGGGUGAGAACUCGGACUCGUCAAUGUCUCAGAGUAGUAAAGAGUUCCCAGAAGAUAGCACAUCGACGCCUCCUACCUCUGAGGGCCAAUCUGGUUUCCCUAUGAGCUCGGAUAGGGAUGGGAAGGGGGGCCAGAUAGCUAUGGGUGAACCUCAUUUGUUCCAAUCGAAUCACAGCGAAGGUACCCUUGGUUUGGGCAUGGAGUCACCUGCACCGUUACCCUCCAUCUUGACAGUGGAGGCCGCAGCUAACGCCAAGGUGUUUUUUGAGACGUAUUUUAACACUCUUUAUUCCGGCGUGGACGGACGAACACAGCGGCGGUAUGAACUAGACCAGUAUAUUAUUUCCUUACCCCUUACCCCCGAAGAGAAGAUCAGAGUCAAGAAGCAGUGGAUGGCACAAGAACGUGAAUACCUUCGCCAGUGCAGAGUGCUUAAAAGUCGAUCUCAUAGCUCCCCCCACCAGGAGACCCCGUCCUUGGCAGGAUUUGAGGUUAUCAAGGUCUUAGGGAGAGGAAGCUUCGGGGUUGUUCGUCUAGUGAGAGAGAAAAGUGUGGAAAACGACCAAUGCAAAGCAGACAAAGGAGAGUUGCCAUCGUUUACCACGAUGCUGGAGUCAGCGGAGCGAAAAACACCCACUGGAGGAGAAUCCGAAUCUGUUAGGUCUGUCUCACCAAGUAAUCACAGACAAACCAUGACAGGGGUGAAGAAGAACGUUUUUGCUAUGAAGGUAAUCCGAAAAUCUGUGAUGAUUCGCAACAGCCAGGAGGGGCAUCUACGUGCAGAAAGAGACUUCUUGGUGGCAUCGGCGAAGUCUCGAUGGAUCGUCCCAUUGAUUGCAAGCUUUCAGGAUAACAACUUCCUUUAUCUUGUCAUGGACUACAUGGUAGGUGGCGACUUUCUUGGUCUUUUGAUGAGACGAAAUAUGUUACCCGAAGACAUCUCUCGAUGGUAUGUGGCAGAGAUGAUUCUGUGCAUCGAGGAGGCACAUAGGCUGCGCUGGAUUCACCGUGAUGUUAAACCUGAUAACUUCCUGAUCUCCGCUUCCGGGCACUUGAAGAUAUCUGACUUUGGUUUGGCCUUUGAUGGACAUUGGACCCACGAUCAGUGGUAUUACACUUAUCAGCGACACUCUUUAGUCCAACGACUCGGUAUUCAGGUUGAAGGAGAUGCUGAGGAUCGGGAGGAAGCACGAAAAGCAACUGAAGAAUCAACUCCUAAUAUCGUUCAAGAGGGUAGUCUUGAUGCUGAGUGGAUACACCCCCCUGCUUCUGGCCUUUUGAACUGGCGGGACAGGAAUCAGAAGCGCCGACUAGCUAGGAGCGUCGUCGGAACUAGCCAGUACAUGGCCCCAGAAGUCAUCCGCGGUCAGCCAUAUGAUGGCCGGUGCGACUGGUGGAGUGUGGGCAUUAUUCUAUACGAGUGUUUGUAUGGGUUUACUCCGUUCGCCUCGGAGGAUCGCCAUAAGACCAAAGCGAAAAUCAACCAUCAUCUUCAAACAUUGUAUUUCCCGGUUCACCGGCCUUCCGACAAAGUGGUGUCCUCUGAAGCAGUUGAUCUGAUCAACUAUCUACUGCAGGAGAAGGAAUUUCGUCUGUCUUCUGUAAAAUAUAAGACCAACGACGCCUUACUGUCCCGAUCAGCGAGGAAUUUCUUCAAUAGGCCGGACCCAUCCAACCGAAACUACCAAGGUCUGUAUGUGUAUCCUGAUGACGCCUCUGACAUUAAAGCACAUCCAUUCUUUCGUGGGAUCAACUGGGAAGAAAUUCACCGAACAUGCCCUCCAUUCAUCCCAAAGGUCAAAAACUGGGAGGACACAAGGUACUUUGACGAUGGCGGGUAUCCUUCUGAUCCAGACGAUAUUUCCACCGACUCCGAGGGCGGUCAUCCAGAGGUCGGCAAAGUCUCGGGCGAUGACAAGGGCGGGCAUUACGCAGAACAAGAUGAGGGCAAAAGAAAUAAUCCGGUUUUCGACCGGAAUAUAGCCCCGAAUAAUGAUGCUAAGGAUGUAGCAAACUCCUCUGCCAAGGGAAAGAAGAAGAAAAGGCACAACGAGCCAAGACGACCACGAGACAAGAUAUUACGCGAUAAGCGGCUUCGAAAGACUGUAGUAGACAUCCGAAAGAAAGGGGCGUUCUUAGGAUACACAUACCGACGCCCAAAAGGCGUAAUCCUGGCGCUGGGCCCGGAACGAGGUCGACCUUUUAUCUCUCGGGGACAACUAUCGGAACUGUAUGGGUGA